AUGAGCCAACCCUCCAAGGCUUUCCACACUGGGGUUAUACUCUCCAUUGAAAACUUGGGAAAAGGAGAGUAUGAUGUCGAACAAGUGAAGGAUACAUUGGAGGAGGCGGUGAAUAUUCGUUAUGAAAAUUAUCCAGUUGAGGUAUCUGGCAACGUUGAUACGACAACGUGGGAGGCCAGUAAUAUCUUCUACUUUCUCGGCAUUAAGAUCGGCACUCUUAGUGGCAACUUGAAAAACGGAAUCAGGGUCAAUCUCAACAUUGCCGGUUUCAAGGGCUAUAUCAGAUUGUAUCUUGAAGGCGACAAACUUUUGCUCACUUGGAGUGUGAAAUCUAGAUUUCCUGGUGGUCCCAAGUACGAAGACACCGUUGGAAUUGAAAUUGGUUGA